UUCGGCCCAUUACAGGGGAGGCCACAAGAGCGAGCCUGUCGCGCGCCUUAAAGGCUGCGGCAACUUCUCCCUGCUGCGACAGGCGUUUGAGAGAUGGCGCCGGGCAAGGUAUCGGAACAUGAGUCUCCUCCAGACACGCCGACUAUCAAUCCGGAGAAGCACAUCGUUGAGGUUUACAACUGGAACCUAGACCACGAGUUCAAUAACCUCUUGGCAGCCGCCUCCGGGGAUGCCAGUGGCAACGCGAUCCUCGCAAUUGACAUGGAAUUCCCAGGCUUCCUUCGUCAGGAACCACGUAGUGGUGCUCGAGCUCAAAGGUACCAAGCCCUGCGCGAGAACGUGGACCGACUGCGUCUGAUUCAGUUGGGUGCUGCGGUGGCGGAUGCAGAUGGCACAGUGCGGGGUGCCUGGAGCUUCAAUCUGAAGUUUGACAUCGACGUUGAUCUCCAAUCGGAGAAGUCAAUGGCAUUCCUGCGAGCAGCUGGACUCGACUUUUCACGCCACAAAAAGGAGGGCAUUGAUCCAGGCAUUCUGGGCCGGAAGUUGGCGAACUCAUCCUUGGUGGGGCAGCGUGCCCCGAAUUGGGUGACCUUCGCAGGGGCGUAUGAUUUGGCCUACCUUCUGAAGCUAUUAACAAAUGGUCAGCCCUUACCACGUGAUGCCCACUCCUUUGAUGUGCAGCUUGGCAUGUACUGCCGACGCCACCACGAGCUCCGCGAUGUCUUGCACUAUGGGUCCUUGGAUGCUUGGGCUGCGCGCUUGUCGGUGCCACGCUAUGGUCGCUCUCAUACUGCUGGAAGUGAUGCCCUACUGACCCUGAACCUCUUCCUGUUUAUCAUGAGUAACAACUGUGCCCAAGCCGAAGACAGGAAAUGGGAUGCAUGGCAGUGGCAAGAGCAGUGGGAGAACGAAUGUUGGGAGAUGACGAUUCAGCAAGCAAGGUGGCAGGCCGCCUGGCAGUACCAAGCCAGCCUUCCUUUCUAUGGUUUGUCGACACAAGCACCGGCACCGUGGCCAGCCUUCUCUUCACCUGUGCCAGCACUGCAUGCUGGACUGCCGAUGCCGGCAGCAACAUUUUGGAAUUCGGCAAGCCCGUUCUCCAUGCACCAGGAUGUCAGAACCAAAUUUCAGAUCUGAGUAAGGCCUGGUUGAAUCUUGUCGAGACUUGCUGAGUAAAGCGGGAAAAUGUCUUGCUUAUGGCAGUGCGUCAAAGCACC